UGCUUCCUGGCUUCACUCACAUGCUCAGAGAGGGAAGAGUCUUAGCAGCACAUGAAGAAGCUCUGGCUAUUUUAAACUACACGGGAUUGGACUCAGAAUAGUUGUAUAUCUCUUGCGGCGUGUGGCAGAUCGUAUGUACCAAGUAGAGCCAGAGCAGAGUUCCUUUGUUUUACCUUUAUAGGAUUUGCCUCCAUCUGACUGUAGGUGGUUGAGCGUGUGUGACACAGAGUGUGUGUGUUUGUGUGCGUCUGCAUGUGUGUGUGAGAGAGAAACAGAACCAGGAUGAUUGCGGCUCAGCUACUAGCCUAUUACUUCACUGAACUCAAGGAUGAUCAGGUCAAAAAGAUCGAUAAGUACCUGUACUCCAUGCGUUUCUCUGAUGAGACCUUAAAGGAAAUCACGCAGCGGUUUCGGAGGGAGCUGGUCAAAGGACUGGGGAGGGACACUAACCCCACUGCUGUGCUCAAGAUGCUGCCUACUUUUGUGCAGUCAAUCCCUGAUGGCUCAGAGAAGGGAGACUUCAUUGCAUUGGAUUUGGGAGGCAGUAACUUCAGGAUCCUCCGUGUCAAAGUGAGCCAUGAGAAGAAACAGACAGUUCAGAUGGAGAGUCAAAUCUAUGACACACCAGAGGACAUCAUUCACGGCAGUGGAACAAGGCUGUUCGACCAUGUGGCGGAGUGUCUCGGCGACUUCAUGGAAAAACAGAACAUCAAAGACAAGAAACUCCCAGUUGGAUUUACCUUCUCCUUCCCCUGCCAGCAGACUAAACUAGACGAGGGCAUUCUGGUAACAUGGACAAAGCGUUUCAAAGCCAGUGGAGUGGAGGGAAUGGACGUUGUCCAGCUGCUCAACAAAGCCAUCAAGAAACGAGGAGACUAUGAUGCUGACAUCAUGGCAGUAGUGAAUGACACUGUGGGAACGAUGAUGACCUGUGGUUUCGAUGACCAGCGCUGUGAAGUCGGCAUCAUCAUCGGUACGGGCACCAAUGCGUGCUACAUGGAGGAGCUGCGUCACAUUGACCUGGUGGAGGGAGACGAGGGCAGGAUGUGUGUGAACACUGAGUGGGGAGCCUUCGGAGACGACGGCAGGCUGGAAGACAUCAGGACAGAGUUUGACAGAGAGAUAGACCGAGGCUCCCUCAACCCCGGCAAACAGCUAUUUGAGAAGAUGGUCAGCGGUAUGUACAUGGGGGAGCUGGUUCGUCUCAUCCUGGUGAAGAUGGCUAGAGAGGGCCUGCUGUUUGAGGGAAGGAUCACCCCCGAGCUGCUAACCAAGGGGAAGUUUGAGACCAAACACAUCUCAGCCAUAGAGAAGAGUAAGGAGGGGUUGAGCAAGGCCAGAGAGAUUUUAACCCGACUUGGUGUGGAUCCCUCAACUGACGACUGCAUCGCUGUGCAGCAUGUUUGUACCAUUGUGUCUUUCCGCUCUGCCAACCUGAUAGCUGCCACGCUGUCAGGCAUCCUGCUGAGGCUAAAGGAGAACAAAGGAGUGGCACGACUCCGAACCACUGUAGGCAUCGAUGGAUCGCUAUACAAGAUGCACCCACAGUAUUCCCGUCGUCUUCAUAAGACGGUCCGUCGUUUGGUCCCAGACACUGACGUCCGAUUCCUCCUCUCAGAGAGCGGCAGUGGAAAAGGAGCUGCGAUGGUGACCGCUGUGGCCUACCGACUCGCAGAACACUCAAAAGAAAUCAAACAAACACUGUCUGAAUUCCGCCUGACGACCGAGCAACUGCUGGAGGUAAAGAAAAGAAUGAGAGAAGAGAUCCAAAAUGGCCUUUCAAAGAGCACUCAGGAUGCUGCUACUGUCAAAAUGCUGCCAACCUUCGUAAACAGCACUCCUGAUGGCUCAGAGCACGGUGAUUUCCUGGCCUUGGAUUUAGGAGGAACCAACUUCAGAGUCCUUUUGGUCAAGAUUCGCUCUGGAAAGAGGAGAACCGUGGAGAUGCACAACAAGAUCUAUGCUAUUCCUCUAGAGGUGAUGCAGGGCACAGGAGAGGAGUUGUUUGAUCACAUCGUGCAGUGUAUCAGUGACUUUCUGGACUACAUGGGGAUGAAGAACGCUCGUCUUCCUCUGGGUUUCACCUUCUCGUUCCCCUGCAGACAGACCAGCCUGGACGCUGGUAUCCUGGUGACAUGGACCAAGGGGUUCAAGGCGACAGACUGUGAAGGAGAAGAUGUGGUGGGUCUGCUGAGGGAGGCCAUUAAGAGGAGAGAGGAAUUUGACCUGGAUGUAGUGGCCGUAGUGAACGAUACAGUGGGAACCAUGAUGACCUGUGCUUAUGAAGAACCCACCUGUGAGAUUGGACUCAUCGCUGGCACUGGCAGUAAUGCUUGUUACAUGGAGGAGAUGAGUAACAUUGAGAUGGUAGAUGGAGAUGAGGGACGGAUGUGUGUCAACAUGGAGUGGGGGGCUUUCGGAGACAGCGGUUGUCUUGACGACAUUAGGACAGAGUACGACCGCGCUGUGGAUGACUUCUCCCUCAAUCCAGGCAAACAAAGGUAUGAGAAAAUGUGCAGCGGCAUGUACCUCGGCGAAAUUGUGCGAAACAUCCUGAUAGAUAUGACGAAGAGAGGAUUCCUGUUCAGAGGACAGAUCUCUGAAACACUGAAGACCAGAGGCAUCUUUGAAACAAAGUUCCUCUCACAGAUAGAGAGUGACAGAUUGGCUUUGCUGCAAGUGAGAUCCAUCCUGCAACACUUAGGCCUGGACAGCAGCUGUGAUGACAGUAUCAUAGUCAAAGAGGUAUGUGGAGCAGUGUCACGUCGUGCAGCUCAGCUGUGUGGGGCAGGAAUGGCAGCCGUGGUGGAUAAGAUCAGAGAGAACCGAGGACUGGACCAUCUAAAGAUCACUGUGGGGGUGGACGGGACACUCUACAAACUACAUCCACAUUUCUCAAAGGUCAUGCACCAGACAGUAAAUGAACUGGCUCCUCAUUGUGAUGUCAACUUCCUGCUGUCCGAGGACGGCAGUGGGAAAGGAGCUGCACUCAUCACAGCCGUGGGCUGCCGGAUGAGACAGGAGCUGAACAACAAAUAGAAGAUAUCUCUUCUGUUUCACUAUUAGCUCCCCACUUUCUGUGUUUCCCCUCUCGUUCUCCCUUCUGUUUUUCCCCCCCUCGUCUCUUAUCCUUCUGAAUCCAAACAGUCCAGUCAGCGUUUGAUGCUCCUGUAGCUGCUUUAGCCGGUCUACGUGACAGAACAAGACAGAGAUAGCUUCCUCUGCUGUGUUAGCUAGCAGAAAGUCAGGCACCAUGUUGUAGUUAGAGUAUGUUUGAUUAACCAUUGUAACAAUACCCAGACUCUUAAGGUUUUUGUGAUUUCUGAGGUGAAACCUAUCUAUAGAGAUAAAACAUGCACAUUCAGCUCCUGAAAGAAAUGUGCAGGGCAGAAAAAAGACUCCACAUGCUCCUUUGACGCUCCUAUGAGCUGUGUAUCAUCGCCAUCUGGAGGAUUCCUCUGAUAGCUGCAGUCUGUUACAAUAUACUGGAGAACAGUUGCAAGACAUUUUUUUGGAAAGCACUGCAGAGAAAUGUUCAUCAGUAUGUUCUGUGGAUGCAGGAACAUAAAAACACUGUUUUAGACCAAAGUUUCCAAAGUGUGUCUGCUGUCGCUACAGUAAGACUUAGGUGGUGAUAUAAAAAACGUGUAAUGAGAUGAAAGGGAAUAUUUUGCUUUAAAAAUCUUAAUAUCUUACCCAGAUAUAAUACAAUAUGUUAUACAUACAUUGUUGCUAUUUAUUUUAUUUUUGUAUUGGGAGAUGUUGAAAAAUAUUGCUGUUGCAAUUAUAAAGAGGAAGCCAGCGUCAAAGUCCCCUCAGCCGGUAGCUGUCCUGUAGGGAAGGAUUUAAUAAAACACUUCAGGGCAGAAAGGUGACAAAAAAUGGGGGACUUUUUCUUAUCAUGCUAGAUCUGAGGGAGAGUCACAUGCUUGUUAAAUGUGCAGAUUUGGUCUAAUUUAUGACAGCAAUCCUUAUUCUACUCUAAUGUGCUCUACUGUAAAAUAUGUCCAAAGAGCUGUUGUAUAAGUAGAAAUCCUGUUGUUAGUUCGAAUCGCAGCUGCUGAUAAAGUUGUCCUUGUUGUCUUAAGAAGUGCUGCUCAUCAUCACAGUGAGACUUAACAGUAACAGCCAUGAAACGGGAAUGUGGUGCUAAUGUAGAUGCCAGUGGAACAACAAUGGCCAAAUGGUGUAGCUUAAACUUUGAGGGGAAUUUUAGAAAUGUUGGAAAUAAACCUUCUCUAUAUAUUCUGUCACUGUACUCCUAAAGACUCAGGGGAGUGUUUAAAGUGAACUACUGUAUGACUCAUUCAAGUUACACAAUUCAUGCAAAGUCAUAUUUAUUUUUAUCUAUAAUAAAAUCAAGUAAUCAUGUUAUAGCUGUUGACAUAUUUUCAUAUAUAGUGGAUGAAUCCUAGCUAAGGGUGGCUCUGUGAGAUGCUACAGUACAUUUUACAGCCUUCUGUGUAGUUAAAAGUCAGAUUAGUACAAACACAGCCUGAAGCAGGCACAGCUCAGAAAUCCUAUGAAAUGACAAUGCAACCAAUUUCCAUCCCUACUCAAACUGCCAGGAUACAGAGGACCAGACUCAUCAGCAGGUCUUCAAAUGUUUUGUUCCACAAAGCAGUAAAAUAGUCUGACAGCCAGCCCGACAUCACACAGACACUUUAAUCUCUUUGCUUCUGCUCACAAAACCCAGACUGUAUCUGUCCAACACUGUCAAUCAAUCAGUCACCAAAUAAAGACAAACCUGUGUUAA